AUGCUCUCUCGGUUCUUCGUCUCCGUCUUCUCCAAGAUGCUCUGCUUCGGUACUUCUACAACUCAUUCAAGACUCGGACGUGGUUGUGCGAACCUGGUGAUGGCAGCCGAGACCGACGCUGGGCGCAAAGGAUUGACCUCUGUGGGAUUCGGGAAUGCGGCGGACAGCGGACACGAUCCGGCUUCGUCAAGAGAGGUUGGAAGGAUUUUUGGAAUUGGGUCUGACGGGGAUGGGAAAGUUCAUGGAAAUAUUGACGGCUGUCCCAAUUACGCUGGGUGUCAUUCUGGGCCCUUCGCGAGCCUUUUUCCGUUUCUUUUUUUCUUUUUCACAUGUUAUGCCCCUACGAGAUACCGCAGAAGAUGCUCUGCUAUUGACGAACUCAUUCAAUAUCCCUCUGUUUUCUUUUUCUUCCCCUGA